GCGGCGGGGGGCGGCGGCGGCGGACGGCGGCGGCGGCCCCGCAGAGGCAGGAAUGAUGAAUGGCUCCGACGUUGCCAGCACCACGACGCCCAGCCCCAAAUCCAAGGAGGAGCAGGUCGUGAACGGCCACGGUGAGAAGGAGAACAACCCCUUCGCCGAGUACAUGUGGAUGGAGAACGAGGAGGACUUCAACAGGCAGGUGGAGGAGGAGCUGCAGGAGCAGGAGUUCCUGGACCGCUGCUUCCAGGAGAUGCUGGACGAAGAAGACCAGGACUGGUUCAUUCCCUCGCGAGACCUGCCCCAGGGCAUGGGGCAGCUGCAGCAGCAGCUGAACGGGCUCUCCGUCGGCGACGGCCACGCUUCGGAGGACAUUCUGAGCAAAAGCAACUUGAAUCCAGACGCCAAGGAGUUCGUGCCCGGUGUGAAGUACUGACGGGGGGCUGCCUUCGGACAGACUGGGUCCCCGUGUCCCCGGCUCCGGUGGGGACAGCGCUGGGGGCCGGGAGGGACGGGGCGCGACCGCGCUCUGCGGCGCCGCGGAGCCGCUGCCCCGUGGCGGGAUCUCGCUCCACGCUUCCAGUUCCUUCUUUUCCCUUUUUUUUUUUUUUUUAACUCUUCCUAGCACUUUUUUUGGCGGUUUUUGCUUUCUAGGACUUGCGGCCCUUAGGUCUGUCCUGGAGCCCAGCACCCCUCCUGCUCCAGAGGCCAACUGUGCCGCGUGCUGCGGCCCCGCCGGCGGGGAGCCCGGCCCCUCGCUGGGUACAAUUUGGGGGUCCCUGCCCGCCCGAGGCCAGGAGCCACGCGGGCUCCUCGUGUUUCCGUUCGACAGGAUUUCUUUAGCUAAAGGACGGGUGAAGCGUUACAAGACCGCACGCCCCAAAUCCCUGCGAGCAGCAGGCUGCCCCAGCUCUCGGAGAGGUGCUGAGCGCUCCUUGGUGCGCUGCUGUGCCGAGGUGGCAGCAUCCUGCCUGCUUGGAGGGUCCUGGGCGCCCCUGCGGGGGGCAACCUGGUGCCCCGGCCCCCGCCCGCCUUGGGGGGGAAGUGCUUCUGCCAUACAACACGUUCUCCUUAACGAAUGUUCCCCCCGACCCUUGAGCUUACCCGGCAUUACAGGCUGCGGCUCUGAAGCGUCUCUACCUUCGUUUCUCGUUGAAAUAAAUCCAAAAAGAACUGAACGCA